AUUAACACUUAAAAACUUCAUAUCUUAAUUAUCUCAUGUUCUUGUCAUGCACUGAAUUUUCAAUUCUAACUUCAAAUAUAUUGAUGAGUGUCUUCAUUCAUUCUGUCUUUUUUUUCCCUCUAUAAAUCCAGAUCUAACAUUUUAAUUCAAAAAACCACGUAAAAAACAAAAGAAGAUUGUAUGAUUUAGACAUUCAAAAUUGCAAAAUUGGACUAAUAUGCGCAAUGGAACUGUUCGAUAAAAUGCCUGACAGAAACGACGAAAUGCUGCCGUCGAAUGAAAAUCGCAGGAAUGGAAAUAUUAGCAGUGGAAAAGCAAUCUGACGUUGUGAAAUUACGAAUUCAUUUUUUAGCUCAAACAGUUUAAUAUUGAAUUAGAAUUUUAAUUCAAUUUUUUUCUUGUCCAUGCGUGAAUAAAAAAAAGACAGUAUUUUGCUAUGAUUGAGCCUAUAAUUUGAAUUGCUUUGGGUUGUAGUAUCUUAUUGCCGAUUUUGUAUUUACUAAUUCGGUAUCUAUGGAGUUAAAAUUAAUUAUAGCUGACUUUAAAAAAAAAAAAUUCUAAAUGCAGUAGUUAAUGAUCUGGUCUUAGGUUUCUUAGCUAGAGAAUUAAUCUGGAAUUUUUUGAGUUCUUCAAACAAGAAACAUGAGUAGGAUAAGAUUAGUUUAAUGUUAAUGGGAAUGAUCAAAUAUAGAGUAUAUACGUCAUGCUUAAAUAAUGAAUGAUGUGAUAAGAUUGGAAUACUAUGUAUUCUGUGUUAUUAUGCAUUUAUUCCUUUAGAUUAAAUUAUUGCCAAAGUUUGCUGUAAAUUAAUUAAAGAGGUGAUUUUUUAAGAGGGGUAUAGUUAGGAUAGUUCAAUAUAUAUUGCAGAUAAUGGAAAGGACUAAGUAGUACUGCAAAUUAUUUAUAUACUAUUUUAGGAGAAUCAAGAAUUUUGCAACAUGUAGAUACUUUUUAUCUACUUAUUUUGUCUCUUGUUAUUCACAUUGAUUUUCCCAACAAUCUUGUCUUUUUAUAUCCAACUCUUCUUUGAUUAUGAUGAUGCUCCCCUUUCGCCUCUCGUUAUAUAACUGCUACUCCAUUUGAAUUUUUGCUUUGCCUUAAUUAGAAAAAAAAUGGUGUUGUUUACUCCAUCAAUGCAGCGUUACUUGUUGAUGUUAUUGUUGUCAGCUGCAGCUUCAAGAAUUUCAGAUUGCUACGACCCUUUGGAUCCGAAUGGAAACAUCACAGUUACCUUCGACAUAUUCAAGUACAACAACGAUGGCUACGUGGCAAGAGUGAGCAUCCGAAACUACCAUCAGUAUCGUCACGUGGAGAGACCGGGUUGGAAGCUCGGGUGGUGGUGGGCGAGGGAGGAGGUUAUCUUGGCGAUUUCCGGAGGUGUUGCGACGAAACAAGGUGAAUGCAAAGCUUCCACUGAUGAAAAACCACAUUGCUGCUCGCCCGAUCCUGAGGUGGUCGACCUAGCACCGGAUGCAACGACGGAUAGCCGAACGGAUGGUUGCUGCCAUGACGGCGUGCUGGCCGCCUGGGCCAUCGACCCUCCCAUGUCUUACUCGUCCUUCGAGAUCACGGUAGGGAAUCUGGAUCAGAACAGGACCGGCUACCUGGCCCCCCUCAAUCUCACCCUAACGGCCCCCGGUCCGGGCUACACUUGUGGCCCGGUUAGGGAGGCUCCCCCAACGGUCUCCUCCGUCGUUGGGGGGAGACGAGAGGAGCAGGUUUUCAGGACGUGGAAGUCGGAAUGCACCUACUCGAGCUAUCUAUCUAGCAAGACCCCGGUGUGCUGCGUCUCGCUCUCGACAUUCUACAGCCCGGACAUCACGCCGUGCCCCUCGUGCAGCUGCGGGUGCCGGAUAGCCGAUCAGUCCGCCAACUCGUGCAUCAGUGAAGGUGCAAUUCCCUCAAAUAUACCAGAGGCUGAGCUAGUUAAAUGCACUGAUCACAUGUGCCCUCUUAGAAUCCACUGGCACAUCAAGAACAACUAUGUCACUCACUGGAAGGUGAAACUAACCGUCUCCAACUACCACUACGGGAGGAACUAUUCCAACUGGAACGUCGUCGUUCAGCACCCCGGCCUCGGGCGGUCCUUGGCCGCCCUCGGGUUUAACAGCACAAUGCUUCCAACUACUGGUGUCCCAGAAGAUGCGGCCCUCUUAUGGGGAAAGGCUUUCUACAACACAAUGCUACUGCAGGCUGAUGAGUAUGAGGUGGGAUCAGUGACUACAGACUUACUCUUGCAGAAAGAUGCAAAUUCAUUUACUCUGAGCAACGGUUGGGGGUUUCCACGAAGGAUAUAUUUCAAUGGGGAGAAUUGCCAGAUGCCGCUGCCCGACGCAUACCCGAGGCUGCCCAACGGCGGCCCUGGCCGCCGCAGGGGGCUGUUUUUGCUCAUAACACUACUCUACUUUACCUGCACCAUGUGUUUGGGGUGCUGACAUAUACAAUUUUUUUUUUCCUUUUUUGUUUCUAGCCCUUCAACCAUAUGUAGAUUUAAAUCGGCUCAAUUCAUUUGUAGAAAGAUUGAUAUCUGCCUUUAGGCAGAUUGUGAACAGGUUUUAAUGAAAAAUACUGAAUUUUUUAACACCAAA